AUGCUUGCAGCCCAGUGCAACCAGAUCACUUGCAGACCGCCUGCAUCAUUAGCAGAUCCGACACUCGACAAGAAUUUCCAUUCGUGGACGAAAGCAAGAUUUGGGUUUGGCUUAAGCGGAAGCCACAUCGGUUUUGGCACUAACGGAAUGGUAGAUGGAAAUAGCACCAUGGGAAUCCGAAGUUCUUCAGGAAAUGAAAGGCCUGCCAGUAAAACGGAAACUCUCUAUCAUCCGGGUUUUACUUCCUCGUUUCACAUUACACCGGUCCUAAACACCCAGCACCCUUCAAGCCAACACCCCAAUUCUUACUCCUCCAACCCUUUUCCUUAUCUAAAUUCCCAUCCAACUUACGGAAGUUCCUUAACGGCAUCAGACUGUGGAGCCCUACCUGCUUGUAUUCCGUCAACUAGUGCGGAAACAACUGGGACAUAUAUAGUGUCUAAUUCGUGUGCAAAAAGCUUUGAAAAUGCUGAUGUCAACAUCUUUUGCCAGAGCAAGGCAUCAACAAAUCUGCUACAUCCAACAGACACUACAAGAAACCGGGGGAAUAGAGAAACUUGUUAUAUGGACACGGUGAGUCAUAAUACAAACAGUAAUAGCAACAGUAGUAGCAACAUCAGCGAUAUGACUCGAGGUCAUGAAGCAGAUGCAAGAAAUACUGUCCGUGUCGAUACCAAUAAUGAAACCAAUCAGUGUGCAUCAUUACGAAAGCUAGGCAACGAUGGCGCCCUAAUGGAAUCAGGAGCAAUGAGCGACAUCAAAGAAUUGCCGCCCCUUUGUAGUGAAAACAAUUUAGCAGCCGGCAUGUUUUCGUCACAUAAUUCUCACUACUUUCAACAUCCGUCAUUACGUCCAGCUACGGCUACACCGAAUGUCGAUUCGUACCACCUUGUUUCGUCCUCUUCUUCUCCUUCCCCUCCCUCUUCUUCAAGCUCCAUUUCGCUCACAACAACGGGCAAGUCAUGGCACUUAAACACGAGAUCAGCGAUGAGUCUGAGCGGAAGCCCGCCUCAGCUCCAUCCUCAAGCCCCACUUACGCAUUUCAAAAGCGAAAUGCCCAGUAACAAGACACAAUCCAUGGUCGGCUCUCCCUCGGCGAUAGAUAUGCACACAGCAGCCAAUAAUUGGUUAUCGGAACUACCCAGUGUUUCCUCAGCAUCAGGUGUUAUGCAGAUCCCGACUUUAUUGCCUAACGGUUACUGUAGCGUUAAUAAUCAGACUGGAAUUAGUAAAAUUGAGCAAAAUAGCGGAUCUGUGGGUAAUGGCUUCGACUAUAGUGGGGGAGGGAGCUCAGGAGCAGGCAUUGGAAUAACAGAAUUCUCACUUGCUCACCGUCAUUCUUUAGCACCAAACAGCAAUCAAUUUCCAACGGCCUCAGCGAUGAGACAACCUCGCUUUCAUAUCCAGGAACACGCGCAUAAAUCCAUGUUACAGGCACGAACCCCAAAUGAGCUCACACGCUUAAAUCAUUUGUCUCAUUCAAUCAAUCCGCCAAUGAUGAUCAACUCAUUCUUCAAUCGGCCACCUUCGAUUAGCUCUAUGGCGUCAUCAUCUGCAGUGGAGAUAAAGAGAAACGUUUACGGAACGCGAACGGUGGCAGCUACAUCGUCUUCGCAGAGACGUUAUGUGGGUCGCUCGACUUGUGAAUGCCCGAACUGCAUGGAAGCCGAGAAACUAGGCCCCGCCGUUGCCCAGCUGCGAAAGAAAAACAUUCACAGUUGCCACGUGCCUGGAUGUGGCAAGGUAUACAACAAAACAUCACACCUGAAAGCUCACCUACGAUGGCACACGGGGGAGCGACCGUUCGUAUGCAAUUGGCUUUUUUGCGGGAAACGUUUCACACGGUCCGAUGAACUCCAACGCCAUCUUCGCACACACACGGGAGAGAAGCGCUUCGUCUGUUCGGUCUGUAAUAAGAGAUUCAUGCGGAGUGACCAUCUAAGCAAGCACCUUAAGACGCAUAACUGUCCUCCCACAAGUGACGCUGACUGUACAGAAGACAAUUGCAAUAGUAAAAAUUGUUUGUUUUUUUUCUUUCUCUUUCUCUCUUUUUUUUUUUCUGUGUGUGUGUGUGUCUUCCUCUCUCUCUCUCUGUCUUCCUCUCUCUCUCUCUGUCUUCCUCUCUCUCUCUCUCUCUCUCUCUCUCUGUCUCUCUCUCUGUCUUCCUCUCUCUCUCUGUCUUCCUCUCUCUCUCUGUCUUCCUCUCUCUCUCUCUGUCUCUCUCUCUCUCUCUGUCUUCCUCUCUCUGUCUGUGUGUCUCUUCGUGUCUGUGUGUGUCUCUUUCAAGUGGCGGACAGACUCUGGAAUUGCUGA